CUUCAGGAGGCAUGCUUGGAGUUUUCUGGAGCCAGCCAUAAUCCACAAAUGGAAGACGGAUCAGCAACAUCUUUUUCAAAAGUUACAGAAUGGAGGAAAGAUUGGAGUCAGUGGAGAUAUGCGAGCUGACUCCCCAGGGCACUCAGCAAAGUAUGGGAGCUACACACUGAUGCACCUAGACAGUAACCGCAUUAUCGACCUUCAGCUUGUUCAGAGCAAUGAAGUAGGUGGUAGUUACCACAUGGAGAAGGAGGGCAUUAAACGCUGCCUGGAUCUACUGGAUUCAAACUGUUUGGUGGUGGACUACAUUGUCACCGACCGUCAUCCACAGAUCCAGAAGUAUCUGAGGGAGCGCAGCAUCACCCACUUCUAUGAUGUGUGGCACUUUGAGAAAGGUUUAUCAAAGAAACUUGACAAAGUUGCGCAAAACAAGGACUGCGGGGUGUUGAAGAAGUGGCUGCGUAGCAUCAAAAGCCAUGUCUACUGGAGUGCAACAUCGUCAACAUCAGGGCCAGAGAAGGUAGCCAAGUGGAUGUCGAUUGUCAAACACAUCCAGAACGUGCACUUACAUGAAAACCCUCUUUUCCCGAAGUGCCAACAUCCUGAUCGAGUGUCAAGGGAUCCAAGUAAAUGGUUUCAACCAGGGUCAAUGGCGCUCUACAAAGUGGAAAAAAUCCUGGUCGAUAAGAGGGUUGUCAAAGAUGUGGAGAAGCUGAGCCACCACUACCAAACAUCAUCCCUGGAGGCUUUCCACAGUUUGAUCCUUCGCUUCACACCCAAGAAUGUGGUUUUCCCUUUCAUGGGCAUGCUUUGCAGAAUAUGUGGAAGAACUUAUGAGGCUGGUUUUCGAGGAGGUGUUUGAGGACCCAACUCCAUUUGUUGAGGUGCUGAAACUGAUCCCCAUCCCC